UUGAUCAGCGCUGAAUACACCGUCAUAAUUUCAUUUAGAUGGUACUGGGAUCGCAACAAACACGAGUGCUUUCCGUUCGCUUACUUCGGACAGGGUGGGAACUUCAACAAUUUCCAAACGAAGGAUCAUUGUAGUCAGUUCUGUUCGGCAGAUAUGUGUCCAGCUGGUCUUCCAAUGAGAUCGCAGUCCGGAACACUCCUUUCCUGUAGCUCCUUUGAUCAAUGUCCACCGACUCAUACUUGCUACCAUGGAAGAUGUUGUCCGAAGCCGGGUUUGUUCACUUAA